GUUUAGCCUUUUUCGCAUGUUGACGCAGCGCGAAAUGUACAGUAAGCGGCAGCAUAUGCGGGGGGUUAGAUAUACGUCGGGCCGAUGGAAUCGCACAUGCUGAAAGCCUUUCCCACGUUAUCUGCCUUCUUGUUUGUUGUUUUUAUCUAAAUGAUAAGUAAUUCUGCAGGGGACACCGGCGAGCCGUUUUCGGGGGCUGCUGGAUUUAAGGAGAAACGCGGUGGGCUCGAUAAAGUGAGGUUGCGGGUUCGAAUCGUGACUGUCCUCUGUGGGCGAUCGGCAGAGAGCAUCACCCUUGGCACUUCUGAAAAACACACCCCCUUCCGCCUGCAGCUGUACGGCCCGGCCGCCCCCUGCCUCGCCCCCCGCCUCGCCCCUGCCCCUGGCCAUGUGUGGCCGGCGCUGACCCAUGGGCCGCUCGCCCGCCUCCCUGUCCACGCUGAAGCUGGGCAAGCUGAAGGUGGUCCGGCGCCAACUACUGCAGCACUAUCAACACCAGCCCUGCGUCUCCUGUCUGGCUGGCCUCUAUGGCUGCCAGUGGAAGCGGUACCAGCGGGCCCGGGCCCAGCCAGGAGAAUGCUGCUGCAGCAAGCUGGAGUGUGGCAGCGUCGGACUCAUCCUGGUGACGUUUUGCAUGACCCUGGUGCUGCUGUAUUUCUGGAGUGAGGCUAAGAAUGAUUACAAUGACUUCGACUGGUUGACUUUUGGGGCACUGGGCUUCUGGUUCCCCUGGUCACUGGUCGUUCUUGCCGUAGCAGCUGUGCUCUUUGCGUACAUCGCCGCCCUGCUGGUGUUGGCAGUUUGUUUGCUCACCAAGGGGCAGAGGCUCUACCUCCACUGGGGCCAUAAGCUCGGCAUCCUGCUGACACUCUCCAUCUCCAUCAGCGCCACCAUCGUGCUGUCGGACCUCUGGCGCGGGGAAUGGACGACGCUUCUCCUCUCUCUCCAGGUCACUGCUCCGUACCUCCACAUGGGUGGAGUCGCACUGAUGACGCUCCUGUCCUGGCCAGUAGCCUUUCACUUCUUCCGCAUGAACAAGAGAGUACGGCAAGCGAUGAUCCUGGGCCUGUACCUGGCGAUCCUCUUUGCCCUCUACCUGGUGCCUCUGGGCAUGUACUCACCAUGCAUUAAGGAAUUGGGCAAUCUCAGACCCCCUCCUGCCCUGAUUGGACACAGGGGAGCCCCCAUGCUUGCACCAGAGAACACACAGAUGUCCUUCCAAAAGGCGAUGGAGGCUGGAGGAAACGGGCUGGAGACCGACGUCGUAAUCAGCUACGACGGUGUGCCCUUCCUCAUGCAUGACACCACGCUGAGGAGGACAACUAACAUCCAGGAGGUCUUCCCCAACCGCACGUCUUCCUUGGCCUCCAUGUUCACCUGGAGUGAAGUGCAGCAGCUCAACGCCGGAUCGUGGUUCCUCUCGCGUGACCCCUUUGGCACUGCAUCUUCUCUGGACCAGGAUGACCAGGCUCGCGCCCGUAACCAGUCAGUUCCCACGCUGAAGGAUUUCCUGGACUUGGCUGCCGACCACGGGACUCUAGUCAUCUUCGACUUGCAGCGGCCACCCAUGGACCACCCAUAUCACGAUACCUGGAUCAACCGUACCCUGGAGGUCAUCCUUAACGAGUCCUACAUCCACUCUAGCCAGGUGCUCUGGCUGCCAUCAGAGGAGAGGCAGCUGGUACAAGAGUUGGACCCAGAACUGCAGCAGACGUCAGGGAGCUGUGAUUCACUGGACGAGCUGCAGGAAGACAACAUUGUGAAUCUCAACCUGCACUAUAGCUCCAUGUCACAGGAGCAGAUCCACAAAUACGCGUCUGUGAACAUCAGCACCAACCUGUAUGUCAUCACCCAGCCCUGGCUCUACUCACUGGCCUGGUGCGCUGGGGCGCAGUCCGUCACCACCAACGGCGUACACAUCCUGACGGCACUACAGCGGCCCCUCUUCCUCAUGACUCCGAAACACUACAUGCUGAUGUGGACCCUCACCGAUGCUGCGUCUGCUGUGCUCAUCCUGCUCGUAUUUGUGUUCCACUGGUGGCAUGACAGGGGUCUCCCGUUCUGGUCAGACGGCAGACAGACGAAUGAGAAGGGACCUUACAGCAAGUUCCGCACUGAGCUGAGUGAUGUGUGGUCCGUCUCCAGCGUCAGCGUUCGGGGGGACCUGCGGAGCCAGCCGGCCACUCCCAACCUGGCCACCAUAGCCGAGGAGGCCACAGUCAGAGCAAGCAGACAGUGAGCAAGGGGGAGCCUUCCUCCUCCUCCUCCUCCUCCUCCUCCUCCUGUACGCCCAUCGAAAACGAUCUUUCACAUGCUCCCGAGCCUUUGGGUGGUGCUCAUGUGACCCGAACUGGCCAUGGACAAGUCUGGCUUUUCCAGCAGCAACCGAUGGACACCAUUACAGAAAUGGAAGCUCUAUUUUCAUAAGUGGUUUUCCAUUUGCUGUCGCUGCCAACCUCAGGCAAACUGCUGGUAUCCAUGGUAACGUCACCGAACCUUCAGAACCCUCUUUCGAGGCCACCGUUCUUAUCAUGUCACUGUGGGAAGGCCACUCUAAGAGAGAUACUCCCAGUCACCUACCAUGCAGUCUAAGGGCGCCCCCUAGUGCUCAGUCACAUUGCUGCUCUGUAGUUUAAUGCGUAUGAUCUGAGCAUGUGCCGUAACGUAUCACAAUGUUCAAAUAUAUCAAUCUGUUUUUGUCAACUUAAAUAUUUACUGCGCACAGCAGCCGUUAAUGAGGUACGUAGGAGUGGUAAGGUUACCUGUCUGAGUGGGUAUGAGUGAGUUUUCAGGACAGGCAGUGAUGCCCAGCUGUGCGUGACAAAAACACUCAGCUCUCAGGCUCUGAAAUGUCAGAAAGGGACUUUCUGGCUGCUGCCUGCACCUUCAUGUCCAUUUAAGAGGCCCACCGUCUGCCUACCAGAUGCCCCCGGGGGUAGGUGGGUACAGUUAGGGGCCCAGGGCCUGAUGGCAUUAAACGCCAGGAAUGUCCUUUGCCAGCAAUUCCCUUGGGAACAGAGCCGCUUAAAUCAGUGCUCAAAAAAGUCAGUGUAGUAUAAAACUUGAUUUUAUUUUUCCUAAAAAAAAAUAUUCUUAAACUGACAAUCUUGAUAUAUAUUGAUUGGACGUCUGUCUGCCCUUUUAAUGCUGACAUAUCAUAAGUGGAUCUGGGUCCUAUCAUUUGCAUGUUUGGGUGCCGCCCCUCUAAUCAGGUAUCCAGUCAGACAGCUGUAUUCGCUUUCCUGCAACCAACUGGGCUUAAACAAAAUGAGCUGGAACUGACACCCGGUAAGUUCAGGACGAGGAAUGGCCCCGGCUCGCUGUCAGGCGCUGAGCACCUCGGUGUUGUGGGUUUUGCGCCCUUGAGAAGCCCGUCUGGGAAGCUCUCAUGCUGUUUUAACAUCAUUCCCUGAAUCUUUAACCCACGACAGUUCCUAUAAUGUAGCUAAGAAAACAAGUCUGGCCGAAAACAAACAUUUGAAUAAGUUUAUUAUUUUUUUAUAAAACUGCUUCUUUUAAGAUAGAACAAUGCGCUUGUGGUAGAGGCGUGCCCCUUUCAAAUAAAAAUAUCAGCUUUCCAA